AUGGGGGAGGUAUCUAGAGCUAUAGGAGCCAUUUAUAAAACAAGGGAUAUCUUGCCUACCUGGCUAAAAGUACAACUAUAUUAUACUUUGUUUUAUCAAAAACUGUAUUAUUGCUUUCUAGUAUGGGGUACCACUUGCAAAACAAACUAUAAUGGGCUCAUUCGUUUACAACAACGCAUAAUACGAAUUGUAGCCAGCGCAAAAUACGAUAGCAAUGCCAAUGAAUUACUUGAAAAACUUAACAUCUUACCGCUCAAUAGGCUAUACCACUAUAAAUUUGGACAGCUAGUUCAUGCAAAAGGAAUAAAUAGCUUUGAUUUAAUUCCCUCAAAUCUAACGGACUAUAACCUAAGGGCAAAGUCAGCUUACAAACUACCACGAACUAGGACGAAUUACGGCAACCAAAAGAUCAACUUCCAAAUACCCCAACUCUUAAACGCUCUAGGCAACAACGUAUUGCUUGCCGGCACCACAGGGGCUUUUAAAAAACAGCUUCGCUCCUUCUUGGUCGAACAUGAGAUACGUAUUGUGUAA